AUGCCUGAACCUCUAGUAGACCAUAAUUUGUUGAACAAGGAGUUGAGGGAACAAGCUAUAGCAGAAGCCUUAGCGCGAGAAGAAGCAGCUAUACAAAAAGCCAAGGAGAUCCGUGAAUUGGUGGACAAAUCUAAGGAGCUCAUUACCACUUUGAACAAGACUCCUACGCUGUUGAUAAAUGAGCGUAUUUUGCGGUUAAACAAAGAUUUGGCCAAGUUGCCUCAGACUAAAGUGAAACAACUCGAUGAGGAAUUACGAGAGUUUAUUGUUACCCAUAUGAAGUUGAGCGAGGAUCUUGCUGCAAAUAGACCAUGGACCCAGCAAAGGUCAAUACUAGGGGAAGCCAGAGCAUCGAACAAGGGUAAAAAGACAAGCCAGGAUGAGUCAGAAGCCAUGGCUGCACCACCAGUAUCAAGUCAGUAUAUUUCACAAUACCCCAACUUAAAGCCUACUCCAGAUUAUAAGGGUUACUCCGACCAGGAACUUUACUUGAGACAACUAAACUAUUUAAGAUCCUCCGGGAAAUUGGGAUCGAAAGUUGAAAAUGUUUACAAACCACAGAGAGACACACAUAAACCAAUGAGCGUGUCGAAUGCUACAGUUGCCACUUUACUUGCUGCAGGAUGUCAUAUGGGGCAUGCUACUGCAUCUUUUAGAGCAAGUUUUCAGCCUUUCUUAUAUGGGGUCUACAACGGUAUUCAUUUAAUCGACUUGAACCAAACUAUCGAACAAUUACGCCUUGCAUGUAAGGUUAUUGAGGGUGUCAGUGAGAAAGGUGGAGUGAUUCUUUAUGUUGGAACGCACAAAAAUUGGUCUAUUCAAGAGUCCUUAGUUGCUGCAUCAAAUAGAUCAAAAGGAUAUUACGUAUCAAAGAGAUGGAUUCCCGGUACCAUUACAAACUACAUCGAGGUUACUAAGCAGAUUAAGGAUCCUAAAAUGAAGCAACAUGUCGAUAUGGAAAACACGCCCGUGGAGUCAGGAAGAAACUUUUUCAAUUCUAUCAUCAAGCCCGAUUUGGUAGUCCUAUUGAAUCCUGUUGAUAAUAGAAACUGUAUCAAAGAGUGUAUUUCUGCUUGUAUACCGACAAUUGCCCUUUGCGACACUGAUAUGGAAGCAAGCUUGAUAACAUAUCCUAUUCCUUGUAAUGAUGAUAAUGUCCGAUCUGUAAACUUGAUGCUUGGAAUCUUGUCCAAGGCCGCAGAGACCGGAUUGAAUAAAAGACUUGAUGCCAUCCAAAGAUUAAAGGAAGAAGAUAAAAGAAAUCAAGAGGCCCAACUUCAAAUCAAUGGCCCUAGCGAAAAUCUUGAUUCUGCUAUGGUAUAA